AUGGAAAAUGAGGACACUCGUAGCCGCGUUAUUACCAUUGAGAAUCAAAUGGCGCAAAUGAUGGCACUCUUGACUGAUCUUGCAAAUCAAGUAAAGAACUUCACGCCUGUGGCUCCUCCUGCCGCAGCUUCUACUCCUAAGGCGCCUGUUAAUGCACCGACGAUAGAUCCUGUCGACAAAGGACCUGCUGAAGAGGUCCCUGUUAAUGCUAUGCCUGCUGUCAUUGAUUUGGAAGCUCCACCUAAGGAGUCGCCUGUUGUUCAUAUGGAUGAAGAGAGUGCGAGACGUCUCGCAAAAUUGGAAGAACGCUUAUGCAUGUUGCAAGGUUACCAACUCCAAGGCUUUGAUAAGCUAUCGCCUUUUACAAAAGUGAAAGUCCUUGAUUUUUACAAGGAGCCCGAAUUUUCAAGGAAAUACGAUGGAACUGGGUGCCCUAAGACCCACUUGAGAUACUAUUUGAAUAAGAUGGCUCGUUACUCCGAUAAUACUCCGCUGUUGGUCAACAAUUUUCAAGAUAGCUUGGCUGAUUCCGCAUUGACAUGGUUUAUCGAGUUGGAUUUGGAGAAAAUUUGUACCUGGGAAGACCUCGCAGAAGAAUUCCUUCAACAAUACAAGUUUAAUACUGAAAUUGCUCCAACCCGUGAAGAGCUGGUCCGGGUUGAUAAAAGGAGAAAUGAAACUUUUAGAGCGUAUGCCCAAAGGUGGAGAACUACGGCGUCCCAAGUUAAACCUCCGCUGUCCGAGAAGGAGAUCAUGCAACUGUUUCUUCGAGCUCGACCUCGAGAAUACUUUGAUAAGAUGUUUAAUAACACUUACAUCAAUUUUCCCGCAAUGGUUGAAUUGGGAGAACGUAUCGAAGGAAUCAUGCGAGAGGGUCGAUUACCCGAGACGACGACUCGUAGAUUUAUCCAAAAGAAGGAUAAGGAGCCAAUGGUGGAGGUUGCUUAUAUUCAAAAUCCUAAUACUCAAAAGCCAUUAAACUCACAAGUUCAAAGGUCUGUUAUGGAAGCAGGGGGCUCUUCCCGAAAUUUUGAUCGAAAAGGAAAAGCUCCACAAAGACAAUUUACUCCGUUGCCAAGACCUAUGUCUCAGUUAUUGCCGAUGUUGAUUGAACAAAGACUCGUAGCAAAAGAAAUCCCGAGAGAUAACCCACCAAAGUUUGUUGGGUUUGAUUUAUCAAAAUCUUGUGUGUACCACAUGGGUGAGAAAGGUCAUGAUGUGGACAACUGUUAUACUCUCAAGGUCAAGAUUCAGAACCUGCUGGAUAAGAAGAUCUUGUCAUUUAAAGAUGCUACACCAAAUGUUCAACAAAAUCCACUCCCCAAUCAUACCGAAACCGUUAAUGUGAUAUUUGGAGACAAGAAUGAGAAACCCUUCUUGUUCGAUAUGGUGAAGUUGGAAGAGCUAUUGACCGUAGCUAGAUGUCAACCGAAAGAAGGAAAUGUAUCCCGAGAGGAGAAAAUGUAUUGCCUAGCCAAGAUGGCUGCUUUAGGCAUAAUUCAGCCUCCUCAAGGAAAGAAACCCGAAGGGUCCAUUGAGACCGCUGUAAUUGAUUGGUUGUCCGAAAAAUUCUCUUGUAAGUUCGCGGGUGAAGUCUCAUGCUCUAAGCCAAAAGAUGAUGGAUACGAGCCAGACAUUGACGAACUUUGGAGUGACAAGUAUUCCGAUGAUGACUUGGAAUGUGAGAGCAAGAAUGAUCGUCGAGGUCAUGAAAUUAUGAAGAAGGCCCAUGAGAAAGACAUCGUUCCAACUGAAUGGGACGGCGAAGAUAAUAGAGAGGCUCUUUCCGAUGCUAAUUCGAAAUUUGAACGACAUACAUCCCACUAG